CGCGCCUCAAAAACUCAUUCUUAUGACUCUUAUCUCUUUUACUCGAACUCCUAUAUUUCCUAUCCAUUUAACAGUCAGUACACUACUAUUCGUGGUAUACCUGUGGUGACAUAUAACUCUACACGGGAAUCUCCCAUGCUCCUCGUCGUGAACCCAAACGGGGAAGUUGUCCAUUUCGUGGAAUUUGGAAAAGUUACUAUCAUGGCUUCCAUAAGUCACUUCGAAUAUUUUCGCUCCUUCAUCUCGGAUGUAGACACAACAAAUGUUCUUAUAGAAAUACUAAAACAAUGUUUGCACCUUCUAUUUAUGUAUGGUGUCGUUUUGCGGCUAAACAUAUCGAUGGACGGCAAAACAUUGAAGGUCUGUGCUAAAGCCAGAAAAGUUGGUGAAAAAACCUACACCAAGUCGGUAAAGAGCUACAAACCUAGCCUUAAAAACUGGAUGGAUGCACAGGGGAAGACUGGACAGGAAGGCAUGUACUUGGAUGUAGCAGCUUUCUGUUUUUCCGGAGGGAAAUUAGCGGUAUCCGGCGAUAGGAAGCCUGUCAGCAGUGUCGGGGCUUCCUUCGACAAAGAUGGCAGAAGUUCGAGUCUCGCCGGUCCCAGACGUCUUAACGCUAGUGUCCAAGCUUUCGCACUGUUGAGAGAUAAUCUCCCCAACAUUGCUGUAGUCUCAGCUAGAAAGAAAUCCCCAUGUGAGCAUGAUGAGCCCUAUGAUGUCACUGAAAGUCAGAGCAAGAGUAGCAAGGAAGGAAGUCUAGAAAUCAAAAAGGAUGGGAAUUCUUUUGAUGAGCAUGGGUGGAGCGCACCAAGGAGGGUUCAGAAGCAUGGUAAUGGUGAUGAUGAUGGUGAUGGAGAUGAUGAGGACAAACAAAGCAGAAAAAUCCUCAAACAGUGUGAAGCCUCAGAUAUCCCUUCAUUGAACAAAGAUGAUGGUCAACCUGAAGAUGGUGUUCAACCUGAAGAUGAGAUAGACAAAGAUGAUGAAAAUGCAGCUACUGAUUUGGCUCUAGAAUCAGACAGUACCUUAACUAAAUCUGAAUACAAGCACAGCCAGACCUGCUGUAGAAGAGCAUUUGGAGGUUGUUCUGAGUGUUGUAAUGUCAGGGAUGACCGCCUGAGCCAUGUUCUUGCUUGUAACAACAGCCACUGUUCAUUGUCUUAUUGCUUUGAGAUCAAAGACUUUAUUACCCAAAAUGGGAUGCCUGACACCAAAUCAUGGUCAUAUGAACUUGAUAAACUGUUCUUUGGACCAUCCCAUGCUGCUCUUCCAGAAACCUUUGAUGAUAAUGAAGUUCAAAAGUCUCUUGAAAGCUCUGGAAGUUUCACAUUAGACACAGAGCGGCCAGCAAGUAAUGUUGAAAUACUGGAACCUCUUGAUAAGUCUGUCCUGUCUAUAAGUCCAGCUGGGCGCUAUGACGAACAUUAUGAAUGGACAAGAAAUCACUUCAUUGGAGGGGGCCAGUAUGGGAGAGUCUAUUUGUGCACAGAUGUCAAAAGUGGAAACCCUUUUUCAAUAAAAGAGGUGCCGCUUGAGAAUUUCGAAGAAUGUGAGAUUGCAAAUUGGAGAUUGAUUCAGGGUCAUGAAAAUGUGGUCAAGUUGUAUGGGGCAGUACAGACUGAACAGAAGAUAAUAAUCUUUAUGGAGUAUAUGGAUGGUGGAUCUGUUGAGAUGUUUUUGUCAAAUAAUGGGUCAGCUGAUGAGGACUCUGUAAAAUGUGUCAUGCAAGUGAUCCUUGAGGCUUUGUGUUGGCUGCACUCAAAGGGUGUUGUGCACUUAGAUUUAAAAGGUGGCAAUGUUUUGAUGGAUAGCAAAGGGAUUGUCAAACUAGCUGAUUUUGGAGCCUCAGUACACCUUGAUGACACCACCACACAUACCAGGAACAUCAUCCCAAGAGGAACAGAGGCAUUUAUGUCUCCUGAGGUUUGCAGAAGUGAGCCGUUUGGGCGGAGCACUGACAUAUGGAGUGCUGCUUGUACACUAUAUCAGAUGCUGACGGGGGAGCCGCCAUGGAUGCAAUAUAGUGGAGGCUCUAUACUCUACCAGGUUGCCAUAGCAACUAAACCACCUGGAAUACCAGAAUCUCUUGAGUGUAGCCAGGAAAUAAAGGAUUUUAUGGCCUCCAUGUUCUUAUUUGUUCCUGAAGACCGACCAACUGCAGCAGAGUUGCUAAAAAAUCCCAUCUUUCAGUCAGGGAGUCCCACUGCUUCUUCCCCACAAAGCCUGGAAAUGGAAGAAGAAUGGGAAUGGUCCCUGGGACCACUUCCUGCAAGUUUCCAGGAGGGUGGACCACAGAUAGGAGAAGGGUGCAGCAAUCAGGGUACAAAAGAGUACAGUAACCAGUUUGACUUGCUGAGUGUAGAUGAUCAAGGCCUGUACCUGAGUUUUGACAGUAAUGCUGCGAAAGCAGAGCAUGCUUCUAUGUACAUGACCCCACCAUCCUCCCUCCGUGCAGCUGCUGGUACUGACAAGGAACUUGCUCAUCUGAGAAGAGGCUCUGUAUGGCGCAACCACUACUAGCCAAAAUGAUGUAGCUGGCCAUAAUAUUCUAACUACCCAAGUCUCCAAAGUUUUUCAACUGUUUCUCAAGUGUCCAAACCGCGGCCCAAGUGUCCAAACUGUGGCCCAAAUGUCCUAACCACAGCCCAAGUGUCCAAACAGAAGCCCAAGUGCCCAAGCCGCAGCUCAAUUUGUGUCCAGAUCGCAGCUCAAGUUUCCAGAUCACAGCCCAGGUGUCCAGACUGCAGCUAGCUGAGUGAUCCAGUUGAUCUAAGUACCUCAGCUAGCUGAGUGAUCAACUUGAUCCAAGUAUCCCAGCUAGCUGAGUGAUCCAGCUGGACCAAGUACCCCCAGCUAGCUGAGUUAUCCAGUUGAUCCAAGUACCCAAGCUAGCUGAGUGAUCCAGUUGAUCCAAGUACCCCAAGCUAGCUGAGUGAUCCAGUUGAUCCAAGUACCCCAAGCUAGCUGAGUGAUCCAGUUGAUCCAAGUACCCCAAGCUAGCUGAGUGAUCCAGUUGAUCCAAGUACCCCAAGCUAGCUGAGUUAUCCAGUUGAUCCAAGUAUCCCAGCUAGCUGAGUGAUCCAGUUGAUCCAAGUACCCCAAGCUAGCUGAGUGAUCCAGUUGAUCCAAGUAUCCCAGCUAGCUGAGUGAUCCAGUUGAUCCAAGUAUCCAAGCUAGCUGAGUGAUCCAGUUGAUCCAAGUAUCCCAGCUAGCUGAGUGAUCCAGCCGACCCAAGUAUCACAGCAAGCUGAUUGAUCCAGUUGAUACAAGUACCCCCAGCUAGCUGAGUGAUCCAGUUGAUCCUAGUAUCCAAGCUAGCUGAGUACUCCAGUUGAUCCAAGUACCCCCAGCUAGCUAAAUAAUCCAGUUGAUCCAAGUAUCCCCAGCUAUUGCAGUUAUUACUGUUGGAUUGUUUGCAGCGCUCAUGAUGGAGGAAAACUAUCGUGGAUUACACAAAGACACAUAAAGACACGCCAUCUUGGUUAGCUCCCGAAUCGCCAAGAACAUCCGGGAUCUUUUAUUUGUAUAAUCAUACACAGGGAUCCCAUCCCAUGAGAUCACACUCUAACACCCCCACUUGAUCUCAUAGUGCUAGUUCUGUACUAAUGAAUCAGUUUACAAUCAUUAACAGUAACGCAUGCUUUCCUAUACAUGAUUAAACUAAAGCUAUAAUA